AGCCGUUGGUCAACAGAGAGCUCUAACUCAACUGGUCAGCCAAAGUUUGUGUCCAUUUAAUAUUUCUAGCAGAGAUCUUCUACAGGGACUGACUACUUUUGAUCACCAAAAGCAAUCAGACACCUGAGAUUGUGUGAAAAUCUAGAGCAUUUGUAAAAAAUUAUGCCAAAAGUAAAUUUGAGCAUAGUGGCUCUGGGUGUGACACUGCUCCUGUUAGCAGAGACAUGGGCCCAGAGUCCCAGGAAGAGAAUGGCACCUCCAAAGCCUGUCAAGGCUCAGUGCUGCGAUGAGGUGCGCUCUCUCAAGGUUCAGGUGGCCAAUCUGACCAGUCUCCUCGAAGAGCUGAAUCGCAAGCAGGAGACAGACUUGAUGAACAUUGUGAGGCAAAUAAUGGACCUGGACAAGCUGAACCGGCAGCAAGAAGCACGGGUCACAGAGGCAGAGAGCAAGUACUCAGAGAUCAACAACCGUGUGGAGAUCAUGCAGCUACAAACCCUACAGUCCGCUACUCAGACCUCAUCAGAUGCCAUAUAUGACUGUGCAUCACUCUACAGCAAGAACUACAAGAUCUCUGGCGAGUACAAACUGCCUAAAGAUGAGUUUCUGGGUACACCUGAGCUAAAUGUUUUUUGCGAUAUGGAGACAAAUGGAGGUGGUUGGACUCUGAUCCAAAGGCGGAAGGUCGGCCUGACAUCAUUUAACCGUGACUGGAAGCAGUACAAAAGUGGAUUUGGAUCAAUCCGUGGAGAUUUCUGGCUAGGAAAUGACCAUAUCUUCCGACUAACAAGGCAGCCCAGUAUGCUCAGGAUUGAGAUGGAGGACUGGGAAGGAGAGAAACGCUAUGCUGAGUAUGGCUUUUUCACUGUGGGUAAUGAGCUCAACAGCUACAAGCUCUUCCUUGCCAACUACAGUGGGAACGCUGGAGACUCCCUGCGCUAUCACAACAACACUAACUUCAGCACCAUCAACAAGGACAACGACAAAUGUGUGGAUGACUGUGCUUCCCUGCGCAAAGGUAAACUAUUAGAGCAAACCAGUCAAAACAAUCCAUGUAGUCAUUUACAGAAGAUAAUACAGGUAGGAAUUUCCCUCCACGUAACAAUAUAUCUAAUUCUUCUCCCUCAUCGCCUUCCAGGUGGUUACUGGUACAAUUGCUGUACUGACUCAAACCUGAAUGGCGUUUUUUACCGCUACAGUGAGCACACAAAGAACACAAAUGGGAUCACUUGGUAUGGCUGGCAUGGACCAAACUACUCCCUCAAGAAAGUGGAGAUGAAGGUCCGGCCAGUGGGUUUUCAACCAUAAGUGCUUCAAAAGUGUAUCCUGGAUCAUGAUCAUAAGCAUGACUGUUGAGAGAUUUCACUAGUACCUGUUGAACCUUGACUGCGAAAGGACUGAAAAUGAUGUUUGUGAUGGUCUGGUUAGGUUUCAGUCAGAUGAAUGUGUAAUGUGUCUGCCGUGUUUGAUUGUAAAUUGUAGUUCACUUUGUGUAUUUAUCAAUAAAAUAUUUUAUUUCUUAAAAGCUUGGAUAGAUGCUCUUUACCACUGUCCCAUAUGAGUAACUAGAUUUUGACUUCUUCUCUCCUUUUUCUUGAAAGCACUAGGAUGUAUUUUUUAGUUAACACAAGCUGUUUAUGGGUAGUAGCAAGAUUCAGUCCAGACUGGUCUGGUUCAGGUUUAAAUCAUUAAGGACUGGUGGGAACUAAUUAAACUAAAGGAUCUUUGUGAGUUGCUGGAAUGGGACCAAACACCUAAGGUAUUUCCUAUGAAUUUCUUAGCAUUUUAUUUUAAAACCUUAACCACUGAUUAUGCAAAUGUGUAAUUU